AAAAAAAAAAAAGAAAAAACUAUCUGAACAAAUCUCCUCUUGUCUCACUAAAUUCCAGCCAUAUACACCCAAAUUCCCUUCCUUUUUCGUUUUUUAACAAUAACACGGCGUCUCUUAAUCCCUUCUUAUCCAAGCUUCCUCAUCAAAAAGAGUUUUCUUUCUUGUCUUAGAGGCUAAAAGCUUGAAGCUUUUGAUAUACACAAGAGGAGAGAUUAGUGUAGAAACAAGAAUUAAAAUAAGAUGAGUGAUACAGAGGAGGCGAGAAAUGAUCUGCGACGACCUUUCAUACACACAGGAAGUUGGUACCGGAUGGGUUCAAGACAAUCGAGUUUGAUGGGUUCGUCUCAAGUUAUCAGAGACAGCUCUAUCUCUGUUCUUGCAUGUGUCUUGAUCGUUGCUCUUGGUCCUAUUCAAUUUGGUUUCACUUGUGGUUAUUCGUCUCCGACACAAGCUGAAAUUACUAAGGAUCUUGGUUUAACGGUUUCUGAGUACUCUGUGUUUGGUUCUCUAUCCAAUGUGGGUGCUAUGGUUGGUGCAAUUGCUAGUGGUCAGAUUGCAGAAUACAUUGGACGUAAAGGGUCUCUGAUGAUUGCUGCAAUUCCCAAUAUCAUUGGUUGGCUUUGCAUAUCAUUUGCAAACGAUACUUCUUUUCUUUACAUGGGAAGACUAUUAGAAGGCUUUGGUGUUGGAAUCAUAUCUUAUACGGUGCCAGUAUACAUUGCUGAGAUAGCUCCACAGAAUAUGAGGGGAGGAUUAGGUUCAGUUAACCAGCUUUCUGUGACAAUUGGUAUAAUGUUGGCUUAUUUACUUGGCCUCUUUGUUCCAUGGAGGAUUCUUGCAGUUUUGGGGAUAUUGCCGUGCACAGUUUUGAUACCAGGUCUCUUUUUCAUUCCUGAAUCACCUCGCUGGCUGGCAAAAAUGGGCAAGACUGAUGAUUUUGAAACUUCAUUACAAGUUCUUAGAGGAUUUGAGACUGAUAUUACCGUUGAGGUUAAUGAAAUCAAGAGAUCUGUGGCAUCAUCUAGUAAGAGAUCAUCUACAGUUCGGUUUGUAGAUCUCAAGAGGAGGAGAUACUAUUUCCCACUUAUGGUUGGUAUAGGGUUGCUUGUACUUCAACAACUCGGUGGAAUUAACGGCGUCUUAUUCUAUUCAAGUACAAUCUUUGAAUCUGCAGGAGUUACAUCAAGUAAUGCAGCAACAUUUGGGGUUGGUGCUAUUCAAGUAGUGGCGACGGCAAUAUCAACAUGGUUGGUGGAUAAAGCAGGUCGUCGGCUUCUGCUUACCAUCUCUUCGGUUGGGAUGACAAUCAGCCUAGUAAUAGUUGCAGCUGCUUUCUACCUUAAGGGAUUUGUGUCUCAUGAUUCAGACAUGUACAGUAUUCUGAGCAUCUUGUCAGUAGUUGGAGUAGUGGUAAGUUUGUUUGUUUCUACUAUGUAUUAAAUCUUUCUUGAUGCAGUGAGCUGUUAACUCUUGUUGAAUCAUUACAGGCAAUGGUUGUUUCUUUCUCAUUGGGAAUGGGACCAAUUCCGUGGCUCAUUAUGUCUGAGAUCCUUCCUGUGAACAUAAAGGGUUUAGCUGGAAGUAUAGCAACUUUAGCUAAUUGGUUCUUCUCUUGGUUGAUUACCAUGACUGCAAACUUGCUCUUAGCAUGGAGCAGUGGAGCAACUUUCACUCUAUACGCGGGGGUGUGUGCAUUCACAGUGGUGUUUGUGACUCUAUGGGUUCCUGAGACCAAAGGGAAAACGCUUGAAGAACUUCAAGCCUUAUUCAGAUGAGAAACCUUAAAAGCAAUAUCUUUCUCUGUCUUCCUCUCACCACAUCUCUGUUUUGGCCAAGAAUAUGAAGAAACAAAGAGUAAUGUCAGAGAUUUUCCAGCUGUUGUUAAUUAGGCUGAGAAGUUAAAGAAUAUUUGUUUGUUUGUUGUGUCAAUAAUCUUCAGUUAUGUGUAUAUGAGCACACCUUCAGUUUUUUUUUUGUAAUAUAAUCAAACUCUUCUCUGAUAGAGUAAAAGAUUAUGCCAACACAGAGACAAGUCUGAACAUCAACAUUGCCAGAAAUGAACAAUGAUGACUGAUUGCAUCCUUUCCCCUUUGAUGUUACCACAUAAAAGUCUAGUGAAGAUGUUUUGGACUAAACAGAUUACAAUUAACAAUUAGGAUCACAUAAUGUUGGUGAAAGGUUCUGC